AUGAUAUGCGCUGUUGCAGGCAUGACCGCUGACGCAAAUAUCCUCAUCAACUAUGCCCGACAAGCUGCCCAACGAUAUCUGCUCACCUACAAUGAAGACAUUCCUUGUGAACAGCUUGUCCGACGUCUGUGUGAUCUGAAGCAAGGCUAUACCCAACACGGUGGCCUUCGGCCCUUCGGUGUCUCCUUCAUCUACGCCGGCUGGGAUCCUCAGCGACAAUUCCAGCUGUACCAGAGCAACCCCAGCGGCAACUACGGUGGCUGGAAGGCAACCAGUGUCGGCGCCAAUAAUGCUAGUGCCCAGAGUCUAUUAAAGCAAGACUACAAGGAGGAAUGUGAUCUGAAGGAGGCCUGCGGUAUGGCGGUCAAGGUGUUGAGCAAGACCAUGGAUUCGACAAAAUUGAGCAGCGAGAAGAUUGAAUUUGCUACCGUUGGAAAGACCAAGGAUGGUAAGAUCUAUCAUCAUCUAUGGUCAGGCGAUGAGAUCAAUACAUUACUGAAGGAGCAUGGCCUCGCCAAGGAGGACGAGCCCGAGACUGGCUAG